GAUCCCGUAAUCCAUAAAUCUCCGCCUGCUCCCUUGCCCUAGUUUUUUAUUUCGCAAGUUUUUUUUUUUUUGAUAUAUCAAUUGAUUAGGGUUCAAGGUCCUUGCUAGGGCCAAAGAAACAGCUGAGUAUUUUGAUAAUUUUUUUUGGAAAUCCACUGCUUGGUUUAUCCUCUGGGUUCUGAUGUGUGAUUGGAGUGGAUAGCUAGGGUUUCCUUUGUGUGGGGGUUCUAGGGAUGGGCAGCACCGGCGAGCCGGAUCGAAAGCGUCGCCAUUUCAGUUCGAUAUCGCCGACGGCUGCCACGGCUGCCAAGAAGCAGCCGCUCUUCCCUUGCUCGUCUUCAGACGAGAAGAAGCUAGAUGUUGCUGUCCUGCAAUAUCAAAAUCAAAAACUUGUUCAACAACUUCAAGUGCAGAAAGUAGAGUAUUCUGUCCUUGAGAAUAAAUUCCAUCAGCUUAAAGAGAAACAGAAGUUGUACAAUGAUACCUUGUUAGUGGUUAAUAAGUCUUGGGAACGGCUUGUUGGGGAUAUGGAAACACUUUCUGCUUGCACAAGUGGAUCUACUGAUGGUUAUGAUGAUUUGGAAGGUCCUCAUAUGUUGGAUGAUGGUGCAUCUUGCCCUGCGGAGGCUGAUUUUUUGAGCAGAUUCAUGGAAAACGGUGCUACUGAAAGUUGCUCAGAUCAUGUGUCUUCUAUUGUGAUGGAAGAUGAUAUCCAGACAAGACAGGUAGCAGCAAAAAAUGUAGUAAGAAAUAUUACGUCUUCAAUUAAUGGCAUCUGGAAAGUAAAUGAUAAACUUGCUACAGCUCUCAUCCUGACUUUAUCAGAACAUGAGCUUGGUCAACAUUUGCGGAAGACAACUAGUGAUCUACAGAUGGAAGUUAAGAACUUCCGAGUAGCCAUUAGUGAUCUUCAUUCGAGACAUCGACUGUUAGCAAACAAAGUCCGAAGCCAUCGAGAUAUCCAUGUAAAAAAGAAGGCUGAGCAUAAACGGUUGUCAGAGGAACUUGCAAAAACUGUUGCAGAGUUGGAAGAAAGCAACAGUAAAUUGUCAAUUCUGAAGGCACAAAGAGAUGGUUUUCAAGGAGCACCUUUUCUUUUUCGUGCUCUAGGAAAUAAACAAGCUGGUGGAGAUAAGAUCAGAGAUAAACAGAAAGAGUUGCAAGAUAUGGAGUCUACGUUUAAUGAGUUGAAGGAAUUAGUUUCUAGCCGGUUGGUAGAAAUUAAGAGUCUACAUGAGAAAAGAAUAGAUAUACUGAACAAGCUAGCCAAUUUACAGAACACCUUGGUGGACGUCAAGAGUAUACAAUCAUCCAAAGCUUUUUUGUUGUUGGCUGAACAGCUGGAAAAAUCAAAGUCGGAGGUGGACCAAUGCCGGAUAUCGUUGGAAAAACUACAGGUGGAAAGGGAGAAUUAUAUAUGGAAGGAAAAAGAAAUGAAUGUGAAAGUUGAUAUGGUUGAUGUUUAUCAAAGAAUCUCAGCAUUUUCAGAGUCUCGAGUAAUUGAGCUUGAGCAAGAAUUACGAAAUCUGGAUGACAAGAGAAUUCAGUUGGAGACCAAGAUUGAAGAAACUUCAAGAGAAGCAGGACGGAAGGAAAUUAUUUCAGAGUUCAAAGCACUUGUUGCAUCCCUUCCCAAGGACAUGGAGGCCAUGCAAAGUCAACUUAGCAAUUAUAAGGGGGCUUCUUCAGGACUUCAUUCUUUGCGAGCUGAGGUUCAGUCCCUUUCUACUAUCCUUCACAGGAAGGCAACUGAAAUAGAAUCUUUAUCCGAUAGAUCUAGUCAGCAACUUUUGGAAAUAAAGAAGCUGAAAGCAGUGGUGCAAGAUCUAAGAGAAAGUGAUCAGGAACUGAAGCUGAUCGUAGAGAUGUAUAGGCGUGAAUGUACUGAUACUAGGGAUGUCAUGGAGUUCAGAGACAUGGAAUUUAAGUCCUGGGCCCAUGUUCAAAGCCUUAAAUUUUCAUUGGAUGAGCACAAUCUGGAACUGCGUGUCAAAGCAGCAAAUGAAGCUGAGGCUGAAGCCCAACAUAGACUUGCCACUGCUGAAGCAGAGAUUGCUGACUUGAGGCAAAAGCUGGAGAUGACUGGAAGGGAAAUAUGUAAUUUGACUGAAACAUUGAAGGCAAAACACGAAGAAGGUGAAUCAUACUUAUCAGAGAUUGAGAGUAUUGGCCAAGCUUAUGAAGAUAUGCAAACUCAGAACCAGCACCUGCUGCAGCAAAUCACAGAGAGAGAUGAUUACAACAUCAAGCUUGUUAUGGAAGGGGUGAAGGCAAGACAGAUGCAGGAUGCUCUGCAGUAUGAGUUACAAGCCAUGUACAGAGAAGUACAGCAAGCCAAUUUAUUUAUUGAUUCAAAUAAUCUAAAGCUAGCGCGAUUAGAAGAUCAGUUGAGGAUAUGGUCAGAACAGGUUAGAAAACUUAUGGAGGAACAGUGGCAGGAUUCUGUUGCUCUGGAAAAUGCACAAAGUAGGCUAUUGGAUGUCCAGAAAGAAUGCCAGCACUUGAGGCAAUCGUUGGAUGGAGUGCAGCCUAAGUUACAGAGGAGUAGAUUAGAUGUUUCUGAGCUACUGGUAGAGGUAGAGAAGGAGAGGUAUAACAAGAAGAGGAUAGAGGAGGAAUUGGAAACUCUUAUGAGGAAAGCUUCAAAUCUCAGGGCACUGACAGAGGGAUCAACUGUUCUUGAAAAGCUUAAACAUGAACUUAGAGAAUACAGAGGGAUACUUAAGUGCAAUAUUUGUCAUGAACGGCAGAAGGAGGUUGUUAUUGCCAAGUGCUAUCACUUGUUCUGUAACCAGUGCGUGCGAAGGACAGUUGAAAGCCGGCAUCGUAAGUGCCCUACAUGUAGCACGAGCUUCGGGCCUAAUGAUGUCAAACCUAUUUAUAUAUGAACCAGUAUGUUUUGCUGCUUCUCUAUAUGAUGAAACCCCCACCAUUCGGGGUACAAAUUAAUACCAGAGACAGGUUUCUGUGUGCCCUCAGAUUGGUUUGUAAUGCUGUGGUGCAUCUUGUAACAUAUAUAUUUGAAGCCAAGCAAGCAGUGUGCUUCAAGCAAUUUUAGAGUCUUCCCAUCGAUAUAGCAUUCAUUUCAAGUGCAUACUGCAGGGAGUGUUUCUGCACUGAUACUAAAAAUGGUCCACCGGUGAUCUAUGAUCUGUAAAGAAACCUCCCAUGUCCAACAAUCUUUCUGAUUAUUAGAAGCUGCAUUUCUUAUCUCGGCGAGGCUGCUUGUGGACUUAUCUUUGCGGCUUAGAUUCAGAUGAUGUACACUACCCAACUUAGAUUGCCUAGAAUUGUUGCUGCGUAGUAAAAUAAUAUAGGUUUCCAGAUUGCUGGCUUGGGUUCUUCUUAAUUCUUGCUGUUGACCUAUUUUGUAUAUUCCCUCUCCCCUACCAAAACAAAAGCCAAACAGUUAAAAGCUUGAAAUUUUGAUUGAAUCAUAUGUUAUUUUUUUAGCUUCAAUGCCUCACAUUUGAAUUUGCAUUUGCAUGAAUUAAAGUUCAGGCAGGCAUCUUUGUUUACUGAUGGAUCAGCCAUUGCAUAUCAUAUCAUGACUUAUUAUUAUUCAUCAUCACAACCCAAAGGAAAAGAAAAGGUAAAAGGGCAAUUACAUAUCAUCCCACUCGCACUCACUCUCACUCACUCUCAGCAAGGCAACUAGAAACCAGCAGUAGGCAGAAAAAAAAAAAAA